GGAAAACAGAUAGACAGAUGAGGAGGAUGGUGAUGUUACUUGUGCUUCUGUUCGGCGUUUGGCUGGACUUCACUUCAGCUGCAAAGGUGAGUGAGUGGCAUUAAAAGUGAUUUAGGAUAAUGAAUGGAAAGUGAGAGCCAAAUCCUGUCCGGAUGAGAGUUUUUAAUUUCUUCCAGCUGUGGAAGAACCUCCAUAGGCUGGGCUUCUCCUCUUUCCAAAAAUCUGCAAUGAUUAAGUGUGUAGAAGUUGUUGGAAUCAAUCAGAGCAGAGAAAACACAUCAGGGACCCUCAGCAGCACCAUAAGUCUCAAUGUCAUAUAUAAAAUUUCUGUAAGGUGCAGCAUUUUAUGACAAAGUCGCACUCUUCCUUACUUACCAGUGAAAUAAAUCACUCUGUGUGAAUAUUUGCUGUAGAAAAGUAUAAAUCCCAAAUACUUGAUGCUCAUUUUAAAAAUGAUCCCAAGGAGUCUUUUGAAAAGUUGGGGCAGUUUCUUGACAUUUGAAAGUAAAAUAUUGUCCCAUUCUUACUUGAUACAAGAUUUCAGCUGCUCAAGAGUUGUCCACCGGAUGGCAGCAUACGUUGCUGCAAACUUUGGAUGCUUCUGCAUUAACAGGGCCUUUCACAUUGUGUAAACUACCCUUACUACCACAGAUGCUAGCUUUAGAAUUGAGCCCUCAUGAUGGACUAGGUGGUCCCUCUCCUCUUUAAUUAAGAGAAAGGGGUCUGGCGUCAAUGAUUUCCAAGAGGAAUGUCAAAUUUUGAUUCCUCAGACCUUAGGACAAUUUUCCACCUCGCCUCAGCUGAUAAUAAUACAUCAGAUUUCAUAUAGCCUUUUAUCAGAGACCCUCAAAGCGAUUUACAUUGGGUUCAUCAUUCAUUCGCUCACACAGUCACACUUUGGUGAUGGUAAACUACCUUAGUAGAGGCCCUGGGGCAGACUGACGGAAACGUGGCUGCCAUUUUGCGCCUACGGCCUCUCCGACCACCACCACACAACACUCACAAUCAUACACCAGUGGAGGACACACACUGGGAGCAAGGUGGGUUAAGUGUCUUGCCCAAGGACACAAUUAACAGACUAGGGAUAGGGGGGAAUCGAACCGCCAACCUUCCAGUUAUUGGACGACCGCUCUACCUCUAGUCACUGGUGUUUCUGGUUCAUGUUUAUAUAUGAUUUCCUCGUUGCAUGGUACAGUUGAUGAUGGAUUAGGGGUGUGAUUUUGAGGCCAUGCAGUGAUUUCUACUUCAGGUUCAUGCCUUCUAUCAACGUAGUGCCCAAAGACAACUUACCCAGUUUUGUUUUCUGGGCCCUGUCCCUCCUGUAAAGGGUUUCCUCCAGAUCCUUUAAAUCCUCUGAUGAUAUUAUGCACUGUGAAUUAUGAAUUUGCAUUUUUUUUUCAUGCAGGGGAACAUUAUUCUGAAAAUGUUGAGCAAUUUUCUCUCUCAGUCACUCACAGAAGAAGAAGAAGAAGAAGAACUUUAUGAUCCCAUCUUUAUUCCAGAGAAACUUCUUCUCAAAGCAGUGGUUAUGUUUGGGUUAUCAAGUAUUGUUGCCUGAUCAUGGACAAGGGGGUAUUAAAUGGAUCCAGCCGCUAAAGAGGAACAGUUACAGGACUAUUGAAGAAUCACAAAGUUCCGUUCCUCUUCAGCAGUGCAAAGUGAUCAGGACAAGACCAACUUCACUGACCUUUGUGUGUGAAUGUGUGUGUUUGUGUGUAAAGCUAGGUGUGGUCAAGACAGAGGGGGGGCUGGUGGAGGGGAAGAAUCAUUGGAUGGGGCUGUUCAGCUCCGUCGAUGUCUUUAAAGGGAUCCCUUUCGCUGAUGUCCCUGGAAAGUGGGAGAAACCAAAACCUCAUCCUGGAUGGGAUGGUAAGAAAACUAGUUUCUGAGCUCUGUGGGAUCACUGUUGACAAUGCAACUGGGUGGCAAAAUGUGAUGAUCCAAUUGUCAAAAUAGCAACAUAAAAAUCAAUUUAUUAUGAGGAUGAGAAGUGUCUGAGGCUGUACAUGAUCUCUGAGCAAAAAUUUGCAUGGAGGCAUAGAUGCUGACAGCAGAGGGAAAACACAAGGAUUCUGCCCAGCUACAAAGUAAAUCCACAAACUAAUCAUAGAUAUUACACUUGGAGAAAGAAAACGGAAAUUGUAAAUACUGUGGUAUUAUUUAGCAAAUAAUCAAACAGCCACAACAAAAAUUAAUCUGAACUUCUGUUUUCAGGAGUCAUGAAGGCGACUAAAUAUCGUGAUCGCUGCUUGCAGAUCACGAUGUUGCAGAGAGAUACCCGGGGCAGCGAAGACUGUCUUUACCUGAACAUCUUUGUUCCACAGGGAAGGAAAUGUAGGUAACACACUCAUUAUGUUACACCAUUUCCAUUUCUGACCAUCUUGCCUGACCAUAAUGUUGAAAUAAAUGUGUGAAGGAAUAGAAGUGAAUCAUUUGCAUAUUAGUGGAUUUUUUUAAAAAAUCCAAACAUUUUGCAUACAAUUCACCAAAGUCGGAUCAAAACAUUUAUGUUUUGAUGCAGUUAGGGUUUUAAAACUCUGAGCGAGCUGCUUUUUAUGUCACUUUCUUGUGUGUGUUUCAGCGAUAUUUAAAUGCUAAUAGUUACUUGCCAUGAACAAAAUAUUAGGGUGGAUAUUUAAGUCAAAGACAAUCUUAAUAUCAGCAGACUAAGCAAUAAGGUCUCAGAGAAGUUGUCUUUAGUAUUUAUCAAAAUUGGUAAACAGGAUAAGAUGGUAUGUUCUGUGGUCAAACAAGGCCAUUUAAAGUUGUUGUUAAGUGUUUUCGUAGUACAGGGACUGAAUAUUAAUUUGGGGUUGAAUCAAAAACAGACUUGUUCAUAAAGGCAGGGACCUCUGUCAUGUCUUAUCCAUCAGGGUAAUCUAACUGUGAAGCUUCAUUAGAGGUUAGAAAACAUGAACAAGUCAAAUCUCUGUGAUGCUGAUCUUGAGUAAUGCUCUCUCUCCCUUCAUCAGUGUCCAGCAGCCUCCCUGUGAUGGUGUAUCUGUUCGGUGGCGCCUUCCUAUUGGGGGCAUCCAAUGAUGCGGCCAUCCUUGGUGACUCUCUGUACGACGGGAAGGAGAUGGCUGACAGAGGGAAAGUCAUCAUCGUCUCAGUGAACUACAGAGUUGGUCCACUGGGUUUCCUCAGUACUGGAGACUCCAGGAUGCCAGGUAUGACCAAAAGACCAACUCUGUUGUUUUAUUGUGUCUCAGUGUAAUUUGGAUUUUUCCAACCAUCUGUAUUACGUCACAUUUUCACCUGCUGGUUUUCCUCCAGUUAAAAUGUAAAAUCUUACCUCCCAUUCACAGUGUUUGACAGUGUGUCCUCAGUUGAUAUGGUUUGGUACCUUCUGGCUGUUUCCCAGUAUGCACAUGAAGAGAGAAAGGGUCUUAUCAGUGUGUUUAUAAUUAUACUCUGUUAGGUCAGCUGCUAAAUUUUCCUCAGAUAUGCAAAAUCAUGUCCUGUGUUUGAACUCCAUUACUGAGUUACAGUGGGUUUGUUUUGGAUUGUCAGAUGGGAUUGUUCAGAAAGUUCAGGAACAAGUGCCCAAGCUGUGGUAGCUGUUAGAGACCAGCUUUGUCAUGCUUGUCCUGGCAAAUAAGCAUGAGAGACAAAUUAAACCUCCCCCAUGGGGAGGAGUGGAAGUUCAUCAUAUUGUACUGUCCUAUUAUUGCAGAGACGUCCAUAAAGCUAAAGGCAGGUGGUUAACAGGUGGUCCCAGAUGUCAAGAUUUCCUCAAUCACUACAAAGGAACAGGAAAAAUGUUUUUUGUCCUUCACAGGUAACUACGGUCUGUGGGAUCAGCAUGCUGCCAUUGCCUGGGUCCGCAGGAACAUUGAGGCAUUUGGAGGAAACCCUGAUAACAUCACCAUCUUUGGCCAAUCGGCUGGAGCUGCUAGUGUCAGCUACCAGGUCAGAUGUUAUAGUAAUAGAGUAGAUGCGACACAGAGAUCACACACCACACAGAGCUAGUGGCAUUUAGAUCUCAUUUCUUCCUCAGUGAGUCUCAUCAUGUUGAUCCAUGUCUGUCCAUCCAUCCCUGCAGAUGCUGUCCCCUUACAAUAAAGGGUUAUUCCGCAGAGCAAUCACACAGGGUGGUGUGGCCCUCAGUCCCUGGGCUCUGCAGAGGAACCCCAUGGCUCUCACUAAGAAGGUCCACAUUCACUUUGCUAUUCUGCUUUGUGUGGAUCAUUUACUUUAGUCAAACCGAUGUAUUUCUCUCCUUACUCCCCUCCAGUGUUGUAUUGAUGUUUUUGUUUCCGCAGGUUGCUCGAAAAGUAGGCUGCUGGAGGACUAAUGAAGAUGACAUGAUAACUUGUCUGAAAAUGUCAGAUCCCAUCGGUCUCACUAUGGCAGGAAAAAUUGAUGUUCUGCUUAUUCUGGGAAAAGGUCUGAACAUCUUCAACAAACAAAAGAAAUGAUCAUUGAAUCACCAAGAAACAUGAAAAAAAUAUAUUUUACAGAGUCUACAGAUUCAUUGAAAAUGUGCAGAAAAUUUAGAAUUAUUAUUUUUAAUUAACAGGAAAGCUUUAACUUCCUGUUAGUAAAUAAUAAGCUAAGUCUGUACAGAUAGUUUACUCUAUUUGAGCCUCUCUCACCUUCCUGCAGGUGUGGUUAUGGAUCUCCUUGAAUUUGCUCCAGCGAUUGAUGGUGAUUUUAUACCAGAUGAACCCAGCAAGCUGUUUCACAAUGCGGGUCAUUUUGAUUACUUGGCUGGGGUCAACAGCAUGGAUGGACACAUCUUUGCUGGAGUUGAUGUUCCUACAAUCAAUAUGAGAAACACUACCACUGUGUGAGUACUGCAUCAUCAUCAAUGCUGGCUUAAUUGUAAGAGCAAGAGUAAAGAGAACCAGGUGUGAGAUAGUUGAUAGAUAGAUAGAUAGUUGACGUUGAUGGGUGAUAUAAAAUUUACCUCUGCAGCCAUGAUGCACUGUGGGAAAGAGAGAAAUGUGACAUUUCAUACCAACUGAUAUGCAUCCCAUUUGGGGUUCCACAGGGUUCAUAUCAAGACCCAUUUCUUUUUUAAUGUUUUGUGUGUAGAAAUUUCUAGUGGCUUAACUUGAACUCAGUCUUAUCACCAAUAAAGCAAUGGUGAUGCAUGAGAAUCCUAAUCCUCUAUUUGUCAGAUUUUACCAUUGAAAUGUAUUAAAUCAAAUAUUGUUGCAUAAAUAACCACUUCCUUUAUCUUUGCCUUUAAAUGGUGCAUUUUAUGUGGUGAAUCCCUGUUUACCAAAGCACAAAAGAAUAUGUUUUCCAUCUCUGUGCAAUGGUAGAAACCCUGAAUGGUAUUCAGGGUUUACAUGUUUGAAUCAAAUAUGCAUUUAUUAAAGUGGGCAGCACUACUUAUCUGUACACCUAUGAGUGCUAGUCAUAACUGAGCUCAGCUGUCACUCACAACCAAAGCACAGAAGAUGGAGAGACACAGUGAUGGCCCAGUGCAAAGAGAGUCUAAAGAGCCAAAUUAUUCAACAACUGGGGUGGAGAAAAGAAGCUCAUUUCUAGAUAAUGGCUGUAAAUGCAGCAGAGAUGUUAUACAAAUGUCAGUGAACUGAAAUAUGAUGUUACAGAGUGUAAUUCUCAUUGAUGGCAAGUCUAGAGGGUGUUUCCUAACAAUGCUAGCAGUCAGAGAAAAUCACAUAUCAAUUAAGGUUGAUGUGGUAUCAAGUUGUCCCUAAUGCCCCUUUGCUAUUGCAAAUCAAUCAUUCUCCUUGUUUAGUUUCAGACAAUCAGAAUCAAGUUUAUGACAGAACAACAAACCUGACAAACCACACAGUGUGUCCAAUGCAGAGCAUGAUUGGUAAUGAGGUCAAAUGUUGUUUUCCUGUAAUAUUUUUGCUCUUAAAAAAUCAGUUGGGAUUACCAUUACAGUAAUUAUCAGCCAGACAGCCAGAUUCUGUCUGCUUGAUUGUCAUUUGUCAUUUUUCAUUGAAAUUAUAAAAUGAGUUCUUCUUUUUGGUGGCAUUUUGAGACUAACAGCUUCCUUUUUGGAUGGAGGGGACAUGUUUUAGUCGUGUGACCCACUUAUAUUUGUUCCUCCUGUGGACUAUUCAGAGGGGAGGUGAGGAGUCUGCUGAUAGGUCUGACUAAAGACAAGGGGAACGCCGCUGUCUCCUCAGCUUACAGCCUUUACUCGUCACAUUGGGGCUCAACUCCUGAUCCGGGUGUGGUGAAGAAGACUGUAGCUGACAUCGAGACUGACUUCCUCUUCCUGGUUCCCACUCAGACUGCCAUCCAGCUCCACGCCAACAACACCAAGUGAGUUUGGACAUUAGUGUCACUGGGUGUUUUUAUUUGGUCCUGAGGGAUCAGAUCAUGAGUGGUUUUUAAUUGUAUUUCCUUUUGUGGGUUUCUCUUUUUUGUCCCUCAGUGGAGCCAGUACUUACUCUUACCUGUUCAAUAUGAAGACUCGUAUCCCAGGAUUCCCUCGCUGGGUGGAGGCGGAGCAUGCUGAGGAUCUGCAGUACCUUUUUGGUAAACCAUUUGCCACCCCAAUAGUCUACUUCCCACGACACAGAGACCUGUCCAGAUACAUGAUUGCAUAUUGGACCAACUUCGCCAAGACCGGGUAAACCCCCAGCAUGCAUUGCAAACACGCAACACUCAACACAUUUAAACACAACAAGGUCCGCCUUUUUAGGUAGUAUCAAAGCUCCUGUAAGGAACUUUUUGAGUUGAUAUUGGCACCCCCAGUAGGUGAAGUGGCAGCGUCCUUCCUAGAGUGGUUCUGAUUGACUCCUGUUGUGAUUUUACCACCUACUUUGUGUCCUGUUUCGGUCUUGAAAAAUCUUAAUGGGUCUGUUGUGGCAUGAACCUAUAAAGCAGCUUUAUUCGAAGUCUGAACAAGUGAAUAGUAGUCUCAAGUCAUGUUUUUGUCAACAAAUUGGAUGACGUCUCUUUCAUUCACCCUAAAUAAACUUAAGGUUUGUUAUUGCUGUGCUGACAAUAUGAGCUCCAAAAUAGUGGCUUACUGUCAAAUCGGCUCACUUUGGUAGACCAACAGCUUCCAGGGGGUUUUGCUAAAAUUCAGGGGCUUUUCUAGGUCAGUGAAUUUUCAGAGACUGUCCAGUUUCAGAUCCAAUCCCUUUCAUGUGUCUUGUUUGGUUCAAACAGGUCUUAAUCACUGUGUUACUGAUUUGACCAGGUGUGAUUUUUGAAAAAAAGUUGUGACCCUAAAGAGUAUUUGGGGUAAUCGACAGAUUUUGUGGUUUAAUAAGAAAAUAAAUAUGUGUAAACCAUCUCUCUCCUGCUCUCCAGUAAUCCCAACACAGGUGAGAAUAAAGUCCCAGUGGCCUGGCCCCCCUUCACCAAGUAUCACCAACCCUAUCUGACCAUUAACCACAAGAUGAGCAAGUCCUCAGUCAGGUACUAAACUAAACUCACUGAGCUGUUUUCUACUCUGUUGAUAUUCCUCUUCUAUUUCACACGCUUACCUCUUUGUGAAUGAUUAUUGCUACACCUAAGUGUAUAUGUUUUACUGUUUUUUCCACUAUUCUAAUGUAAAUCUGUUCUAUUACUUUUAUUUCAAUCCCUCUCUCCUAUCGUAAAAUAAUACUGAAUUCUGUUUUUGUUCUUGUUCUUCUGUAUUUUGUUAAAUUUGACACAAAAUCUCAGAGAGAUAAAGUCAAGAUACAUCUAAGACUCUUUGAUUGAUUAUCAUCUGUGACAUCUCUGUAGCUACAACCUGAGAUCAGAGUACGUCAAAUACUGGACCCAAACCUACACCACUUUUCCAUCCAUCAGAAGUAAAGAAGAUGAGGAAUGAUGAAAACAGGAGAACAACAGGAGAGAAGAAGACUGAUUCUGCUGUCUGUUGAAUAAAGUAUUAACUUUAACUAACUAACUCCGCUAUUUUUUAGAGCAGUUUAUUGCAAAUUAUCUAAAUUAUGAGCACAUGAAUGAGUGAGAUGAUUUUUUUUUAAUCAAAAAAAUAUAUCUGACAAAGAAAAAAAAAAUGAAUAGAACUAUUCAAAGUUACACAAUAGAUGAGAAAGUGAAAGUUACAUUCAGAUUUUAAGGUACCACAAAGACACAUACUGUUGUAAACACUUUAACACUAACCCAGGGAUAAGAUUCUGAAUAUAUGUCUAGUGUUCUGGUGUUUUUCCGCCUCUGCAUUCAUCACUGCAUGGAUAAGUAGACUAUCAACUGAGAGGCUGCUGAGUCUCUAUGUUGUGUUGUUGCUAUGUUGUGAUAUGUUUUGAUUAAAGGACAACUUAGAAAUGUCAAAACCCCA